UUGAAAGAUGUGCUGCGUUUACUCAUUGUCUGAAGAACUAGGACUAGAUACAAACAAACACAAACAAACAGUGGCCUUUACUUGAAUAAAAGUAGAAAUACCACACUAUAGAAACAGUUCAUUUGAAGUCCUGCAUUCAAAAAGUAAAAGUUCCCAUAAUGCAAAAGAAAAUGUUUUAUUUUACUUUGUUGCUACAGUUUUUGUUUUUCAUUUAAAGGUCCAGUGUGUUGGAUUUAGUAGCAACUAGCGAUUGCAGAUUGCAACUCCCUCGCUUCACCUUUCCCUUCCAUCACAAAUAAAAAACUAAAAUCAGCUCAUCACUGUAUGCUGGUUUAGACCUAAGCUCUUGACAACAUGUCAUCAUGUCAAAUCAUUUGUGAAAAAGAUCCUCAAGAUUUCUGUAGCUUGAAAGAAGCAAAAACAAUGCAGUUUGCUACAAUAGAAUUAUUAAGAAAAAGAAACUUUGUUGUUUGUCCAGUAUUGUAGAGUGUCCUGUAGAAACUUGAAGCUACCAGUACUCAUCCACUGAGAAUGGACUUUACAGUGAAUGAGGAGACAUCUUGUGUCCAGCAGGAAAACUUACAUCUAGGUAACAUACAUCUAGCAAAUGCAAGGCUGUUUUAUUUGAGUGCACUGGCAGCUACAACCGGCACUGAUGUGUGUGUGUAUAUAUAUAUAUAUAUUUAUAUAUAUUUAUAUUUAUAGGAUAGGACAAAUAUUAGUAUACGUUUCAAAACUUGUGCGACAGUGGAACAUUCAAACCUUCAUAAAGGAAAUAUUUAUCUGUGUACCCAAUAAAGUGAGUGUGUAUUUAACAAUAGUCCUAAUGGAAACCUUCAGUCCUGGCGAGCUGAGCAGACACAAAUAUAUGAAAUAUAAUAAAAUAAUGUGAAUGUAAUUCCUCCAGUCAUCCACUAGAGGGCACUCUCAGUCAAUCAGGGAAGGACCUCUGUCUCCAGUCCCUUCACUGAAACCUUGUGUCAGUCAGUAUCUCAGUAUAUGACGCAGUGUAAACUUUACUAAAGAUGUCUGUGGACAGUUUUUACCCUUAACUUCUCACAACAGGUCACAUGUGAUGUAAUAUAACUAUUAUACUACUAUAGUGUCAGCAGUAACCACACACAGGAUAACGCCUUAACAUCAGAGAAGGACAAAUGUGCAUAGUCCUUGCUGCAGCAGGUAUGGGUCUGAAUCUGACCUGUGGCCCCCUCAAUCGUCAGCUGUCACUAUCCAUUAUAGGCAAUAAAAAAAAAUAUAUAUCUUUAUGUAAAAGAAAAGGACAAACAUGAAUUGAAUUGAGUUAUUCAGACAAACAGAUGAACAUGGUCUCAGUAUUUUGUAAUUUAUUAACUUUUAGCAUCGUUUAACACUUACAUACUGACUGGAUUGUUCGUGGAGGAUGUGUUUCAUCACCUAGAGGUGAGAAAAUGGCAAUUCUCAGGAUUGAUUUGGGAUUAAGAUAUCCAAAAUAGAAAUACACACACACAGACAGACACGUAGACAGAGUACAGCAGCAUGACAGGACUAAGAAGACAAGUUCACCUCAGAUCCCUCUGCAGCAAGAUGUCUCUUGCCCCACACACACACACACACACACACACACACACACACCACGGCCUGAUGUUCUACAGAAGAAACUGCGGUUAGCAUUUCUCAAUGUUUUCCUCCAAUUACCGAGGCCGUACACACACUCUCUUUGUCUCUCCGACAUGCAAAAAAACUGACAGAUACUGAUGGCCCGAGAUGAAUCAGUGCUCGGCUGCCAGCUUGCUCAGUAAUGUCCCUGCCUAUGGGCAAAGCUGCAUGAAAUGGCAGGGAGGUUUGGCUCUGGCCGGCUGCUGACUUGCCCCAUCAGUUUGUGCUGCAGGCGCAGGAACGCAGUGACAAAGCAAGAAGCUCCUUGUUCUUCUUUCUGAACGUUGUUGCUCAAUGUUACGUCUGUGAAUACCAACCUGAUAGGCUUCCUUGAUGUUCUUUUGCUAUAUUUGGACCACACACACAGUCGUCUGUAAAGGUUGAAGGAAUGGUUCAGCAUUGUGGGAAACACACAUAUCAGCUUUUGCUGAAAAGCUCAAUGAGAAGGUCAAGACCUCUCUCAAAUCGGUACGCUAUGAAGCUAGCGGACAGUUAGCUUAGCUUAGCAGCUAGCCUGGCUCUGUUCAAAGGUAACACAAUCCACCUACCAGCACCUGUAAAGCUCACUAAUAAACACGUUGUAUUCAAUUUGUUUAUCUUGUUACCUUUGUCCAUAGCCAGGUUACCGGUCUCCCCUUGUUUCCACUCUUCGUGCAAAGCUAAGCUAACAGGCUAAUGGGCUAGCUUUAUAUUUAGCAUGCCAACCAUGGCAGUGGUAUCAAUCUUCUGAUUGGUCUGACUCUUGACAAGAGAGCGAAUAAGUGUGUUUCCCCAAAUGUCAAGACUAUUCUUCAUAAACUUAUAGAAUAUUUUAAAAUAAAAAUUGGAGCCCGGGUUGGUCCGCAGGAGUUAUAUUUUCCAUCUUUCCUUUUGGCUGGCUCAUUUACAAAUGAGGUGAAUUUCUCAUUCAUUGUACCAUAUGAGGACAGACCGACCCAAAAUAUACCGAUACCUUACAUUUCUGAUUUUUAAAAAAGGAAACCAUUUAAGUUUAGGACAUUUUAAAUAAUUAAAUUGGUUAAAGGAAUAGUUUAUAGGAAUAGCCUACUGAGAGUUAUCGUCAUACACAUGAUGCUAGAGGUAGCCGCUGGUUAAAAUGUUACACUACAUGUCAUUUGUAAACAUUUUUAAAAAACUGAAGUAUAUAAACGAGUUUAUGUAAGGAUAUGUAAGGAAUAAUGCCGGAGAAGGGGCCCAUUAUCGAGGGGCAUAUAUAGGACGAACCUUAGUUACGACUUGGCAACGGGAGCUACAUCGUAUAACGUGCUAACCAGCGGGCUUUAGAGGUACUGGUAGGGGGAUUUUGUUACCUUAGAACAAGGCUAGCUGUUUAUGUCUUUAUGCUAAGCUAACAGGCUGCUAGCUGUAGCUCCAUAUUUAACAGAAUGACAUCAUAGUGUUAUCAAUCUCUAAAGCUCACUAAUUAUCACGUUAGAUGUUGUUUGUUUAAAACAUUAAAGUGUAACAGGGGUGUUGGACUCUUUACUGGGCACGAGCAGUGACUACCUGAAGUGGAAGUCUUUGCUGAAGCAAGGGUAGCUGAUAAUCCUUUUCCAAUCGUAAUGCUAAGCUAAGCUAACUGGCUGCCGGAUGUCGAUUUCUGUUGAACAGAUAUGACAGUGGACUCUUCUCAUCUAACUCACUGCAAGAAAGCAAAUUUGGCUUUAGGGUUGUGCAUUAAUCCUCCGUUGUGUAAUAUGUUAUUUAUAGUUUGAUUUAUUUUAUAUUUUUUGGUUCUCAUGUCGGAGUGAAUUUGUGCCACAAAAAACAAAUCAAACCACUGAUUGAACUGCAAAUGCACACUACAGGGUACAAUAAGCUCAUUAUUGGAUGCUUAAUAGUCUCAUGUCUGAGCUCGUGGAACUGUUGAGUUUGACACUGGACUGAAGCUGGUGACUGAGGACCACAAACUUGCUCUUUAAAUGGAUCUCAUAUCUUAUGUAAAUUCACUGGUGUGUGGUUUCGUUCUCCAAACUACACAGGAAUGUGGUUGAGGAAAGUUCCUAGUAGCUGUUACUUUUAUUGAAGCUCGAAUCCUCAAAUAACCUCUCGCCUGAGGACGUGCCAUUGGAUGACUUUGUGCUUUUCAGGGUAUACUAUUAUUUUAUUCCACUGAAAGCCCUGUGUGUUGAUGUUUUCCUGAGUGAAAAAUAAUAAGCCUAUCAUUUCGUACGCAUCUGUAGCCCCGAGAUGUAUCCGUCUUCACUGGGUUUGACAGGAGUUUAUUAAUUCCGUAUGAAACGUGUCAUUUGUACAUGACAGGUUCAGACUGUGUGAGGGCCGUGUGAGGUGAGCCGACUUCUUCCUGGGGGAAGUGACAGGAUAUAUUUUGACUUUAUUUAUGUCAGCAAUAUGAACUCCGGGGGUGGAUCUAGAGAAAUAUUCAUGGUGUGGCAAGAGGGUGGCAUGGAGACUUAAAGGGGUCUCAGAAAUAUAUGCUGAUUUUAUCGCAAGUAAUCCCAUAUAUUAAUAUUUGCUUGUAAAAGCUCCCAAAUGAAGAUAUUUGAACUCAAAAACAUUACAUAGUUGUGGUACAUUAGUAAAUCAUGGCAUUAGGAAUCAAUACAUUGUUUUUUCAAAUACAUGUCUUUUUUUUAUUGAACUUCUAAAGUCUAAAAUGUGUCUUUACGAGAUCAAUAAUACAUUUAUGUUUUUUAACACAUUCCUUUUUAAAUGUAUCUAAAUUAAUGUGUUAAAUUUGUCAAACUAGGGUGUCAGCUGGGGUGGCCAGGCAUUUUUAGGGGUGCCACCCCACUAGAUCCGCCCCUUUUGAGCUCUUAAAAUUUACAUCUAAAAGUCUGUGUGUGUCACCGAGGAAUUUUUGCAGAAAAAGUGACCAGAUAAGAGAAGUACAAGAUUGUAGGGUUUGCAGUCAGUUCAUAAAUCACUGGAAAGACCCCGACACACAGUAAAUACCUGUUAAAAUAAGCUGAUACAGUUAAUCAUACAUGCAGAAUGUUGUUUGUCAUUGGAGAAAGAGAGCAGAUAUAAUCCUUCUUACAGGAUUGAGACCUGCAGCUCUGGAAGCUCAGCAAGCUCGAGAUAAACAGGUUUUAUUUAUUUGCUUGUCAUGCGCACACACACACACACACACACACACACACACACACACAUAAACAAAAAAUCACCAUGUCUGCAUCAGGAACAAACAAUCUCCUGCACCAACACUUUGACACAGCGGGAGUCCACUGUUAUUGCACUGGGAGGCGGUCUAAUAGCUCCCCUGUCCUCAGCUGAACUGUGGAGGAAACCAGUCGAAGUAGUUUACACAGGAAAGGAAUGAGCGGCGCAAAUUAUAAUAACACCUUCAUUCAUUAAAAGCUCUGCCAAUGCACACGCCCACUGUAUGGAGCACAUCACCUGAUCUUCAACACACACACACACACACUACAUCUUUUUACUUGUAUUGUCCUCAUCUCACCUCUGCUGGCCUACGAAUCAGAUUUGAAAAGGGUUGUAAUCAAGAGUUGUGUUUGCUAUUUUAAGUCCUCGGUAUGAAGCCAGACUCAUAAAUGAAAUCUUGAGUGUUAGGUGAUAACCUGUUAUAAUGUUACAAUUAAGCUUUUCUUGUCAAUAUAAUGUCCUACUGCCUGUAUCGGCAGCAGUUUUAAUUUGGAAUUUGUGUGUCUGUACAUUUCCAUAAAUCCACACAAAGUAGUUGUAUGACCCAACUAAUGCUGUGUACAAAGACAUGCUUUGUAAGACGUAGAGCAUGUUUAAGUCUACGGCUGAAUGCUGGUGGAAGAAUGGAAACUGUUGUACAGCAGCAGCCUUGUAUCAUUGGUCACAUGUACUGUAGGUACAGCUGAGACAGGAAAAACAUGCCUCUGUAGGUCUUUGAAUCGGCAGAAUUGAACUUACUGUGAGGUUUUUAAACAGCUGAUGUCAGACUUGAAUUGACAGUAAUUCAAAUCUUUUGCACAGCAAUUAGCAUAAAGGAAAAAAAUCUGUCAUAGUAAAACUCUGUAGCUACAAUGUGUGAAAGGCCAAGGCAAAUGUUUAUUCAGUCUAUUAUUAUUAAUAUACAAUUAUCUAUUCAGUAUAAUCUAAUCAGUAAGACUUUUUACAGGAAGCUCUGAAUAUCAGUUCUUUAAAAAAGCAGCUCUCACAUUUAUCAGUGGACUGUCUGAGGUAAUGCACCAAAGUGAGGAGAAAAUUUAUUUAUUUGAACAUAUUUCUUAUUAUCAUUUAAACCUGUAUUUAUUUAUUUUUAUUCUUGCCAAUUCUACAGAUUAUAAUCUUCCCACUUCUCAUUUUGUUAGAUGUGUUAUGAAUGUGAAAGUAGUAGUUAUAUAUAUGAAUCUCUUUGAUGUUUGUCAAGCACAUCCUCAUACAUUUCCUGUGGGAUUUAAUCUACAUGUAUCCAAAAAUAUGUGUAUUAUCCAGGAGGGGAUUCAGUGUAAUAAAAGUGGUCAAAUUUAAACAGAAUUUCAGCACAGAAUUUGGUUUUUAAAAAGUGCAAAAACAAAUAUGUUGAAAUGAUGAGAAUUAAAUAUAUUAACAAUCUCAAUUAUUAUUUCAUUUAAUUCCUUCUGUUAUUCUAUUCUUUCAUCAGGUAAGUAAACACAUACUGAUUUACAUAGUUACAUAUAAAAAAAGUUUCUAAAUAUGAAUAACACACCAUCAUGCAUAUAUUUAAAGUAUAGUUAAUGUGUGUACAUGUGCGGCAUCAUUUCUAAUUAUUGUUACUAAAACGGCUGAAUUAAACAUGGUCGGUUUGUAUUAACUGAACAUGUGGUUUUAGUUCGCCUUGUCGUUAAAUAAUAUUGUUUUUUAAAGCAACAAAUUGCCUUUGAGUCUUUUCUCUCCGUGCGUCUUUGCGCACAGUGCGCUCUGGCGCCGCUGGAGCCCGCAAAGGGUUAAACGGGGUUACCAGCAAUCCUUUUAACAGGCAGGUGCCCCGCCAGUCCCAGCCCAAAGCACACCACUGACUUCUGAAAAAGGUUCUUCCAGCAUCUCAGGAGCAACUCGUAACUGUCAUGUUAGUCGAAACUUGGCGAGUGAUGUCGGCGGUGAUGGCUGCAGACCGGCAGUAUAAAUAGAGCAUCAUCGCCGCAGAAGUGAGACACCAAACUGGAUCAAUCAGCUGACACACAGCGUCCGGACCUGCAGACUCACACACGUGUGAUGCGCUUUUGAGUUUUUGUCGUCGUUUCACCUAUUUUCAUAUUCAGAGAAGUGGAGUUUGCUCCAAAGAAAACUUUCAAACCUGAUCAAAGAAAACUUUUUAAAAAAACAAAAAAACUGUGUCCAGCUCUGGAGAUGUGGUGGAUGUUGUUUCCACGGUGGAUCUGGUUCCUGGCGUGUGUGUCAGUGUGGAUGGAGCACCAGGUCGGAGUUCUGCCCAAUAUCACUUAUUCACAUGCGGGGAUCUGCCCCAAUGACAUGAACCCCAACCUGUGGGUGGAUGCCAUGAGCACCUGUACCCGAGAGUGUGAAUCUGAUCAGGAGUGUGAGUCCUUUGAGAAAUGUUGCCAAAAUGUGUGUGGGAAUCGGAGUUGUGUGGCAGCCCGUUACAUCGACGGGAAGAAAGGCCCUAUGGGAAUGCCCAAGGAAGCCACCUGUGCCAGUUUUAUGUGCACCCAGCAGGGGUCUGAGUGUGACAUCUGGGACGGCCAGCCGGUGUGUAAGUGCCGGGACCGCUGCGAGAGGGAGCCGCACUUUACCUGCGCCUCUGACGGCAUGACCUACUACAACAAAUGCUACAUGGACGCAGAGGCGUGUUCCAAGGGCAUCACCCUAUCUGUCGUCACCUGCCGCUUCCAUCUCACCUGGCCCAACACCAGCCCUUCGCUGCCCCAGGCGACCACCCUUCGUCCUACCACUGCUCCUCUUCAGGCAACUAUCCCACCUCCCACUGAGCCUCAGCCGCCCGUCAUGGUCAGCAGCCCUGCUUACCAGACUGUAAAUGUGGGUGACACCGCUAGCUUCCUGUGUGACGUGACAGGUCGUCCCCGUCCUGAGAUCACCUGGGAGAAGCAACUGCCAGUUGGGGUGGAGAGGGUAGUCAUGAGGCCUAAUCAUGUGCGAGGGAAUAUGGUGGUCACUAACAUCGGUCAGCUGGUCAUCUACAAUGCCCAGCCGCAUGAUUCAGGCAUCUACACCUGCACGGCUCAGAACCCGUCUGGCUCAGUGCAGGCCAACCACCCACUCACUGUGCUGCCCACAGAGCCACCCAAGACCCCCGAGCCCAAGAAUGUGACCCGCUGCCUGCCUGAAGAAUGUCUGAAACCCCCUGAUAGCACAGAGGAUUGUGGGCAUGACCUGGAGAAAGUCAGCUGGUACUAUGAGCCCAAGACCAACAACUGCUUCUCCUUCACCCACUGCCAGAGCAACAACAACAGCCAGCAGCUCAGGAAGGCAUUUGAGACAUACGAGGAGUGUAUGCAGUGCUGCGGUCCAGAGCUGUCAGGCCCUUGCGGGCUCCCCAGCCUGCAGGGCCCUUGUAAGGCCUACGAGCCACGCUGGGCUUACAGUGCCACUCUACAGCAGUGUCAGUCCUUUAUCUACGGAGGAUGUGAGGGCAACGACAACAACUUUGAAUCUAAAGAAGCCUGUGAGGAAAUGUGCCCCUACCCAAAAAACCACCACUGCAAGGCCUGCAAGCCGAGAGGCAAGAUGGUGACGAGCUUCUGCCGGAGCGACUUUGUCAUCCUGGGUCGCAUGACGGAGCUCACAGAGGAGAAGGACUCUGGCCACGCCCUUGUGACUGUGGAAGAGAUCCUCAAGGAUGAGAAGAUGGGUUUACGCUUCUUUGGGAAGGAGCCUCUUGAGGUCACCUUCCUCAACAUGGACUGGAACUGCCCAUGCCCGAACAUCACGGGCGCCGCCGCAGAGGGACAGGUCAUCAUUAUGGGCAACGCCAACGAUGGCAUGGCCGUCCUUCAGCCGGAGAGCUACGUGGGGGCUUCCAGCCCUCGUCGUAUACGGAAGCUGAGAGAGGUCAUCUCUAAGAACACGUGUGACAUUCUCAAAGCGAUCACCAACAGCCCUCAGUAGGGUUAGGGUUAGGGUUAGGGAUAUAGUGUUAAAACCUGACUCCACUCCAGCAGGCUGUUAUCUUUUGAACAUUAUUUGCAGUAAUGUUUUGAAUUAGGACCAUUACUACAUUUAAUGGGUUUCUUUCUGUUUUCGAACGUUUUCAGAAGUUCCUCAUGAGGAACCCUGUCAUAUGUCUUUUUUUGUGGUCUGUUCGCAGCAGAGUUUUUCUGUUAUGGUGCAGCCAUUGGUGUUGAUUGAAAUACCAUGAGACAUCCAUCAUGAUCCUCUUGUUACCAUAAUCCCCCAGACUCUCCCCUCAUGCCCUUUCUUGCCUCCACUAGAAAUGGAGAUUGCAGACUUGCACUGAAGCACAAAACAGACACGAUUGAGUCGUUAUGUACAUAAUUUAACUGUCACAAAACUUUUGAUUCUUUUAUUUACCAGCGGUAUUUCCUCCUGGCACUUUUGAUAUGAGCACACUCUUAGUUCAUUUACCCUAUAUUUCUGUUUUCAUGUUGUAUAAAUACAUCCAUAAACCUGUGCAUACAGUACAACAAGGUAGAUUUGGUUCAUCCAAAUGAAUGAGUUGUAAUAUAUUUUAUUAACCACCACAUUUUCUCACAAUAAGUCAUUUAUUUUUGUAUCUACUUGCUCUUACUUUUUUGGCUAUUUAUUAUCAUGUAAGCUUUUCUUUUGUCUUGCUUUUGUACUUCACAUUCUGUCUGAAACUAAGUGGCAUUUUGUAUAAUUUUAUAGUAAUGCGUGAAGAAAAUAAAGAUUUUGGAUUUUC